ACAGGCUCUAAACAACAACAUCGCCAUUUUGGAGGGAGGCGGGUACGAUGAAAAUCUCCCGCGGCGCACAGUGCAGAAGUAGGUCAACUAACAAUAUCGCAGAGACGUAUGAACACACAGUCGAAAAAACAACAAAUUGCUGAAGAAAUUUGCGCCUCAUCUUCCGAUGCGUCUGUUUUUAUUCGGUCUAAUGUUUUCAUUGUCUGGCCCUGGUUGACGUUCAGACGAAUAAUCUGAGGAUUUUGUAUAUUUUUCCACUUUUUGCGAGCGAGACAUACGACUGUAACACGCAAAAACAGAAAUGAAACGGUUGGGCAGAGACAGAGAGGGCAGUAGCUCAUCCUGUGAGGGGCUGAUGGAGUCCUGCAAGAGAAUCAAACAGCUCGGUGAAGACGCUGGAGAUCCGAUGUGCGACUGGGAUCGACUGCCCCAGGAGAUCCUGCUUCACAUCUUUCAGUACCUGCCGUUGUUGGAUCGUGCCUUUGCCUCCCAGGUUUGCCGUGGAUGGAAUCAGGCUUUCCACAUGCCAGAGCUGUGGAGGUGCUUUGAGUUUGAGCUUAAUCAACCUGCCAGUUCUUACCUGAAAGCCACACAUCCUGAUCUAAUAAAGCAAAUCAUUAAGAGGCACUCCAAUCAUCUACAGUACGUCAGCUUCAAGGUGGACAGCAGUACAGAGUCAGCAGAGGCAGCUUGUGAUAUUCUGUCUCAACUCGUCAACUGUUCAUUGAAAACGCUUGGACUUAUCUCAACAGCACGACCAAGCUUCAUGGAGUUACCAAAGUCCCACUUCAUCUCUGCACUAACAGUGGUGUUUGUUAACUCCAAGUCUCUGUCAUCUCUGAAAAUUGAUGACACACCAGUAGAUGAUCCUUCUCUCAAGGUUCUGGUAGCCAACAACAGCGAUACACUUAAGCUCUUAAAGAUGAGCAGCUGUCCACACGUUUCUCCUGCAGGUAUCCUGUGUGUCGCUGAUCAGUGUCACGGUUUGAGAGAACUUGCGCUCAACUACCACUUACUGAGCGACGAGCUGCUCCUGGCACUGUCCUCAGAAAAGCACGUGCACCUUGAACAUCUGCGCAUAGAUGUGGUGAGCGAGAACCCCGGGCAGCAGUUCCACACCAUCAAGAAGAGCAGCUGGGAUGCCAUGGUGCGCCAUUCACCAAAAUUCAACCUGGUCAUGUACUUCUUCCUGUACGAGGAUGAGUUCGGCCCAUUUUUCCGAGACGAGAUACCCGUCACGCACCUCUACUUCGGCCGCUCGGUCAGUAAGGAGGUGCUAGGCCGCGUCGGCAUGAACUGCCCACGACUGGUGGAGCUGGUGGUUUGUGCUAACGGUCUGCGACCAUUGGAUGAGGAGCUGAUCCGCAUCGCUGAACGCUGCCAGCACCUCUCAGCCAUCGGAUUGGGUGAGUGCGAGGUCUCCUGCAGCGCUUUCGUGGAGUUCGUGAAGAUGUGCGGCCGGCGUCUUUCUCAGCUGUCUAUUAUGGAGGAGGUUCUUAUCCCAGACCACAAAUACAGCCUGGAUGAGAUUCACUGGGAGGUGUCCAAACAUCUGGGACGCGUUUGGUUUCCAGAUAUGAUGCCCACCUGGUGAAUUUUUUCAUUUAAAAGAAAGGCUGGCAGACACACAUGUGGACUAAAUGAAAAAAAUUCACAGCUGUUGCAAAAGUUUUGCAUCAGUAUUGUUGUGAAGAGUCUCAUGAAAACAUGUCUGGGUUACAUUUCAGAAAAAAAAUCCAAAGAAAAAAUAUAUUUUGCAUAAUGAAAGCUAAGAACCGGAGUAAUCUGGCUUUGUACAGAAGCUUUCAGUGCACAGAGAAUAAAAAGAUACAGAUAAUAUAAUAUAAACUGGAUGAGACCUGUUGAGUAUGAAAGUUUUCUCCCAAAAUUUUGUUGUUAACAUUCUGCAACAUUAUAAACAGUACAACAAAACUAUUAUGAUUAGGAAACAUUGUAUACUUGAAUUUUUUUUGCAUUUGUAGGUAAAUUAUCUCCUCUUUUGAUUGUAUGACCCAGACAUGUCCUUAAAAGGUCUUGUUCCCUCUUGAAGUAUAGCAUAGCUUUACUACACUAAACAAAGUAAUUUAAUGAUUUCGGUGAGAGUCACUAUUGAUGUAUUUAGAAUCACAUUCUCUAUUCUCAGCAUCUAUUCACACAUCAUUUACUGAGCUGUACUGUAUCUUUUAGUGCAGGGCAGUCAAAACAUCUCUAAGAGUUGUAGUACAACAGUUAAAGCAUUGUGAAGUACACUAAUCAUUUGCAUUUAAAUCACAAAAUGACAAUCACAUUUGGCUUACAGUAAGUAAGUGCACUGAUAAUGGCUCCUCCUAGGGCUAUUACAAGCCAUUACACUUUAGAUGGAGGGAUGGUUACUUUUUCCUCCCUCACUUAUUUCUGGCCGUGCUUGUUUGACCGGUUAACACGACAAGUUCAAGAUAAAACGUACGCAGACUUUUGCUGUGUUUUCUCUUGAAGCAAUGAUUGCAUUCUUGAAAUAUUUUGUAGAUAAUGAACUGUAUUUUUUGUGAAAUACACAUUUUAUAUUAAUAUUUGGUAUCACUGUAGAAAUUCCUUGUUGCACUUAAAUGUUUAAGGUUAAACAACUUGAAUGAAUAAGUUACAUAAACUUUUUUGACAAGUUAGAAUUGCUAUAAAAUAUAAAAAUAAAGUUGUAAUAACUUAAGCCCAUUCAACAUUAUUUUUUAUUUAUUUAUAACUACUCACUAGUCAAGAAAAGGGCUGGGUAUCAAUUCAGAUGUUCCAGAUCGAUUCGAUUUUGAUUCACAAGCUAUUGAUUUCGAUUGUCGGGCCGAUUUUUAUACUCGAUUUUCGAUUCAACUCAAUGAAUAUAGAUUAUAUAGAAUAUUAAAUUAUAUUAUAUUAGAAUAUAUUAGAAUGAAGACUGAAUGAAUGAAUGACAGGCUCGCCUCUCGCUCUUUGGUAACAUCGCACAAGGAAAAAACGAGGGUGACAUCUAGUGGAGGAGACUAGUAAUUAGAUUAACGUUAAUCUUACGUUCAAUGUAUGCGGAAAUAAACAUGGGGGGAAAAUCGAUUCAUGGGCUUUUUUUUGCCCAGCCCUAGUCAAGAAAGUUAAAAUGACUUGUUAAUUCAAGUUGUUUAACCCAUUAAUUGGCACUGUCCUGUGAGGGGGACACCCAAGUUUACUUCAAUAUUUUGCAUGAAAAUGUUAAUCUGUCACGACAAACUAUAUAUUGUUGGAAAGGUCUAAGAAAGUAAUUUUCAUAUUUCAAAACCUUUUAGCAGUAAUAAUAAUGCAGUGACUGUAAUUUAAUAAUUUGUGACAAGAGUAUGCAGCAAACCAACACAAACCUCUUUAUUUAUAAUUGUAUGUAUAAAAUAAUACUAUAUUGCAUUAUUUUUAUUUAUUACAAUACAUUUAAACUGCUAUAACAAUUUUUCCUUAUUUAAUAUUUUCACCUCCAGACACUUACAAAAAAGUGUCUUUAAAGUGUCUUCUUUAAAACAAGACCAAAUUUAGGCUUCUAGACCCAAAAAUGCCAGAGUUAUAUUAAUUUGAAGGUGUACAUCAUUUAUCACCCCCUCACACUCAAAAAGGGCUCUGCCAGGUAAAGGGUUCAACUUAAAAAUUGAAGUGCAACAAUUAAUUUUUUUUUACAGUGCACAUGCAUUUGUAUAUAAUGAAUAAUAUUCACCUCAGACAUACCUAAUUUAAAUACUUGGUAAUGAGUUAAAAGAGAACAAAUACUAAUUGUUUUGCAGAAAAGAGAAUAGUCGAUCUGAAAUAAAAAAUCAUAGAUGGGUUGGGUAUGUUUGAGUUUGUCAGAGUGGUACGACAUAUACAGAUGUGUCCAAGAGAAAAAAUGAACUGUCGAUAGAUUUCUAUCGGGUUGCAUCAAGAAUGUUGUGAGACUUGGCCAUUGCAUAAGUGAUAAAUUAAUAUGAUUCAAACAGAAAUAAUUGUAAAACUGCCCAGACCUAACUGCAUUAAAAUGCACCUUUGUUUCAAUGUAACUAUUGGAGUGGAAACGUUUUCCUUUAAGAAGGAAGCCCCAUAUGUUUGUAUAUAUGCUGUGUGUUUCAAAUAAAUAGAAACUUCUCUUGCUUCCUCUGUGAAGGUUUAUAUAUUGUUUCUGUGCUGAUCUUAUUGAGAUGAGUGGGAAUAUUUCCUAGAUGGAUCUUUGUACCCCUGUAAUUAGAUUUUAUCAGCAGUGUAAUUUAUUGAUAUGCUUUAUAUUAAUGCUUUAACAUUGGCUAAGAUGCUUCUUGUUGAUUUAUAUGUCUAUAAUAAAAAAUAUAAUGAAAAUCAA